UCUUGCAUUACAAAACGAAAUUGUACAUAUUUAUAGCCACCAUGUAAAAGCCACCCCACAAUGACUAUCAAACGGCUUUUGGUCAAAAAAAUUGCCACGCCAUGCAUCCAUGGCUGCCAUUUGACAACACUGACAUUAUGUACAUUUUUUUUUUUAUCUUUAAUUGGAUGCAGAUGAAUUCCCUUUCCAACUUAUGGGAUGACCAAAACAGAUUGGUGGUCUUUCCAAGUGAUAUCAUUAUCGCAAGUCUAGCAUUUAGUUAUGUUGAAUAAUUUAUUUGUCAUUAGUUUUCACUAUAGUUCUUGGACCUGUUGGGCUCUAAUUUGGGUUUCAAUACUGUGCAACCUUUCCUGUGUAAAGAUUGUCAGAGUCCCAACUAAUGAAUACCUAAUUACAUAGACCAUUUUCUUGGCCAUUAUCUUGAAUAAAAAUGAUUGACAUAGGUUGCAAUGUUGAAGGUGUUUCUUAUAUAGACCCAACCUUGAAAAUUGACAGAUCUGAAGAACAAUCUGCAUGCAAAGAUGCAUCAGAUGAAACAGAAUUGGAUAAGCAACCCUCUGCAUUUAAAUCAAAUGAACCAGAAGCAAAUCAAGAUGAUGAAUCUGGUCUUGUAGAUAACACAAAUCAGGGUGCUAAUAUUACGGUUGAUAGUGUUUCCUGCCUAGAUUUAGGCAAGAUUUCAGUUUUGGAUGAAAAUCUUGAUGUAGAUGAUUUUAAUGGUGGGGAUAGAUGUUCUGAAGAGAGUUUCGAGGACAACGAUGAAGUAAUAGAGGAUAAGGAAUCAACUUCAACGACAGAUGCAGUAAAUGGCCAGCCCAUUCAUCCUGUUGAAACUGAAGGAGAUUGCCCUAAUCAAGUCAAUUCUCUUCGACAAUAG